ACAUUGCAAUAUUGCAUUGCAAUUGCGCCCCUCUUUUAUCUAUCUAUCUAUCAUUCUGCUACAGACACAAACACAGUCAUCAUCAUCAUCAUCAUCAUCAUCAUCAUCAUCCUCUUUUCACCUUUUUAGCAACUCAAAAUCUUCAAAAACCACCAAUCACUCUUCUUCAUCACCUCUGUGGCUCUUAUCUUCCGCCAUUUCCACUCUCUCUCCUCAUUCCUCACAUUUUCUCUCUCCUCAGAGCAGCAGAAAGAAACUUAUAGUACUAAAGAUGCUGGUGUUAUCUUCCUCUGCUCCACCCAUUCUUGAGGUUUUCAAAGAUAGGGUUUCCUCUUCGUUUUCCACGUCUUCGUCUUCGUCUUCUCCUGCGUUUGCGCUUGUUUUUCGUCACACUUUGUUCAAUCGAAGUAACUCGUCUUUCUUCUGCUGCUGCUCUUCCAAGCUCAGAUUAAUGGCGGACGCUGCUCCUUCAUCAUCGUCAUCGUCAUCUGCUGAUUCUUAUUCUGUUGCUGCUGCUGCUAAAUCGCUUGAAGAGGCGAAUAACACGAUUGAUAUCAAGAGAGAGAAUGAGAUUUCACUCUAUCGUCCUCGUACUUUUUCCGACGUUCUUUCUGUAGAAGAGCUGAUUUCUGUAAUAAAAGAAAAUUCUGAACUUGGUAGGAUUCCUGUAAGUGUUGCGUUGGCUAUGGAGGAAGUUCUUCACAACUACCGCAAUGCAGUCCUUUCUAGUGGAUCUUCUCAUGCUGAUGAUAUUGUGCUGUCAAACAUGAGUGCUAUGCUGGAUCUUGUAUUGUUGGAUAUUAAGGAUCCUUACAUAUUUCCACCAUAUCACAAAGCUAUUCGAGAGCCGUUUGACUAUUUUUCAUUUGGUCAAAAUUACAUUCGACCAUUGAUUAAUUUUGGAAAUUCUUAUGUUGGCAAUAUCACCCUUUUCCAUGAGAUGGAGGAGAAGCUUCAGCAGGGGCAUAACGUUGUCUUGAUGUCCAACCAUCAAACUGAAGCUGAUCCUGCCGUUAUUGCACUGCUUUUGGAGAAGACAAACUCACGCAUCGCUGAAAACUUGAUUUAUAUAGCUGGUGAUCGAGUUGUAACUGAUCCUGUUUGCAAGCCCUUUAGCAUGGGAAGGGAUCUUCUUUGUGUUUACUCUAAGAAGCACAUGCAUGAUGUUCCUGAGCUUGUUGAUGUAAAGAAAAGAGCAAAUACAAGAAGUUUAAAAGAGUUGGUCUUACUUUUAAGAGGUGGUUCAAAAAUAAUCUGGAUCGCACCCAGUGGUGGAAGAGAUCGUCCAGAUGCUGUCACUGAUGAAUGGUAUCCUGCAAAAUUUGAUGUCUCUUCAGUGGAUAAUAUGAGAAGGCUCGUUGAACAUGCUGGCGUACCUGGACACAUUUAUCCAUUAGCAUUAUUAUGCUAUGACAUUAUGCCCCCUCCAGCACAGGUUGAAAAAGAAAUUGGUGAGAAAAGAGUGAUGCAAUAUCAUGGAGUUGGGUUAUCUGCAGGGCCGGAGAUCAACUAUAAUGAUCUGUCUCUAGGUUGUGAAAAUGAGGAAGAGGCUAAGUCAGCUUACACAAAAGCGUUGCAUGAUUCUGUUGAUGAACAAUAUAAAGUCCUCACAGAUGCUAUACUUGGAAAACAAGAUGUAGGUGCAUCAACCCUGACUUGUUCUCUGUCACAACCUUGGACUAGUUGACAAUGGAGGCCUUUUGCUUUCCUUUUAGGUAAUUUCCAAUCUUUAUCUGCCUUUAUAUGCUCUCGGUAACUAUUUGUGUUAGGAAACAAGGUGUUGUAGUUUGAUUUAAUGCGGAACAAAAUCAAUGGAAUAAUAAAGGUGACCAAACAAAGAACACAAGGAUUUAUGCGGUUCAGUCAAAUUUGACCUACGUCCACAGAUGGAGGAUUAGAGUUUCUUCCCAAUAAUGAAGAAAAACAAGAGAAAAAUACAAGGAAACCUAAGUUUACCAGAGGCUAAAAGUGUUUCUAAAGUUGUGUAUAAAAUAAUGAGCACCAGGAAGCCAUUUUAUAACAUAAGGAACCCCAUACAAGCCCUAAAAAAUAAAUAAGAAAACCGAAAUAAGUCAAAAUGCUGAGCCACUAAGCCGCCCGAUCGGGUCGGGCUGACAUCCCGAUUGGCGGCCAACUUCUCCAAACUGCCACUGACUCGGUCCCGAUCGAGCGACGUGCGCCCAGUCGUAGUUCGCGACGUACGCCCAAUCGGGCGUACCCGCCUGAUCGGAUCAUGCGGGCUUGCGAAACCAAAGGCACGAAACAUUAACAGAUCUCCACCUUGACUUGAAAACGAUCAAACAAGAUAACUCCACCUUGAACCAAGAAGUGAUGCUCACUUAAAAAACCAUAGAACCUCCACAUUAAACAAAAUUUCAUAAACCUACUCAUUGUAGGCAAUCCAGUAAAUGGACAUAUCUUCUGUAAUUGUGUACCGAUUCGUCUUCGAACACAAAAUCCGUAUACAAAACCAUCACAUGGCCUAGAUCGA